AUGGGACCUCCAGCCGCUGAAACCUCGUCCUUUAUGGCUGAUUUCCUCCGCCAUUCAGGCGGCGUCGCCAUUAUCGACGGCGGUCUCGCAACCGAGCUCGAACGACACGGCGCUGAUCUCAACGAUCCCCUCUGGAGUGCCAAGUGUCUCCUUUCUUCCCCUCACCUCGUUCGUAAGGUACACCUUGACUAUCUAGAAGCUGGUGCAGAUAUUAUCAUCACGGCUUCUUAUCAGGCCACCAUUCAGGGGUUUGAGGCUAAAGGUUUCUCUAGUGGAGAAAGUGAAGCCUUGCUCAGGAAAAGCGUGGAAAUUGCUUGUGAGGCACGGGAUAUUUAUUAUGGUAGAUGCCGAGAAGGUUCUUCAGAUGGCGAUACUGAUGGUAGGGUUUUGAAACAGCGAUGCAUUUUAGUUGCAGCAUCUAUUGGAAGUUAUGGAGCUUAUUUAGCUGAUGGAUCUGAGUACAGUGGGAAUUAUGGUGAUGCAGUUACCCUUGAAACCUUGAAAGAUUUCCAUCGCAGAAGGGUACAGAUUCUGGCAGAAUCAGGUGCUGAUCUUAUAGCAUUUGAAACAGUUCCGAAUAAAGUAGAAGCUCAGGCUUAUGCUGAGCUCUUAGAGGAAGAAGACAAAAAGAUUCCUGCAUGGUUCUCUUUUAAUUCCAAGGAUGGAAUUAACGUGGUUAGUGGUGACUCUUUGCUUGAAUGUGCCGCAAUUGCCGAAGCAUGCAAGAAUGUAGUUGCUGUUGGAAUCAACUGCACACCUCCUAGGUUCAUUCACGGACUGAUUUUGUCAAUUAAGAAGGUGACUACCAAACCAAUACUCAUUUAUCCAAACAGUGGGGAGAGUUAUGAUGGCGAUCAAAAGGAAUGGGUGCAAAAUACUGGCGUAUCGGAUCAAGAUUUUGUAUCAUAUGUAAACAAAUGGUGUGAGAUUGGGGCUGCCCUUGUUGGAGGCUGUUGCAGAACAACUCCUAAUACUAUCAGAGCCAUAUACGGUAUUCUUUCCAAUAGAUCUGCUCUAUCCUCGUAG